AUGAGGAUAGCUAUCAAUCGAGUGCGAUGGGUAGGUGCGGUCGUCGCCAAGGUGCUGUUGCCGGUGCCGGUGCCGGUGCCGGUGCCGGUGACAGCAGCAAUGGCAAUGGCAAUGGCUGCGGCAAUGGUUUCUGCUGCUAUAAUGUUCUUGGCAUAUCUCCACUACGUCCAUUGGAAAGGCAUAGACCUCCAGGUAGAAUACUUUACCUCGUCGAAGAAUAUUAUCUUCCCCCAAUCUUUCCCUGAGGUUGGGGAUCUCGAGGAGUACUACAGGGACCAUUUUGUAAGAACCAGUGUGAGUCUGGGCCUGGGCCUGAGCCUGGGCCAGGGCCAGGGCCAGGGUCCCCAACCCGACUCUGUAGGUGGGCCUAGUUCCAAGAUCUUCAAGCCCAAGGGUGCCAGCUCCUUCCACAACAGCCAAGCGCCGUUGACCGAGGAUAUCCUCACCGAUGAGACGUAUACAACCCACACCAUCGAGACUUUUGACGCCGUGAAGAAUUUGAAGGAUGGCGGCGGUACGUGCUCGCCGGAUUUGAUGAAGACAUUGGCGGUGGAGAUCACCAGAACGUACUCACUAGCCCUGGACAUGAACCAGGUGGUGGCGAGAUUAGCGGAACAGAUCCGAGAGGAACCUCCCAUGAAGGAGUUGCGGGAUUUCUUCCUCCUCGAAGACGGCCAAUCGUCGUUGGAACAACACGUCGAGGCUGGCGACUGCGCCAAGUACUGGUUGAGGUUUGCCGGGACGUCUGUAUGGUUGGAGGAGUACCGUGUCCAUUUCAUGGUGUCGCGCGUGAUGUACCUCCCCAGCGGGUACAAGCGGGGCCAAUUGCUUAGCUUGACGUACGGCCAGCUCUUUGACGAACACUGGCGGGAGUUGCACAACACUGAGUUGGUGAUCCCCAGCAACAAGAUGGAUGGGCUGCAACCGGCACACAUCGAGUACAGGCUCAUGAAAUUCCCGUCGUUCUUGCCGGUUCCGCUCUACCACAAUGCCAAGUUCACCAAGAGCAGAUGGUACGGAGCCGAGGACCCACGGAUCAUUCUCGUGAAGAAUGACGCCGGGUUCGAAGAGCCACUCAUUGUGUACAAUCAGUACCAUCGUAAGGUUCACCGAGAGGAGCCCAUGGACGAGCAGCAGCUGGGCCAAGGCCAGGACCAAGACCAGGACCAGGACCAGCGCCAGGACACCCACUCGAUCAUCAAGUUUAAAUUCUACCGGUCGAUUUUCAUGUCAUGGGCCUUUCAAUUCCAACGGGGGAAAGUGAACGUUGACGGGAUGUCUAACCCGUUGUACGACUCCAAUCUCUACCUCCGGACGGCUGAGUUACGCCGGUCCCACUCGAGACGUCUAGCAGUGGAAAAGAAUUGGACUCCAUUUGUAAAUCCUAGUCAAAGAUCCAAACUAGGGGCGGCAAGCACCACCACUUCCGGGGGCGGCGACCACAUGAUCUACUUCAUCUAUCGAUGGAAACACUUGGAGAUCCUCAAAUGUCAAUUGACUGGGUUCCAAGGAUACUCCUUGUGUGAGUUUGAAUACAAACGCGACCCAGACCUACCCGAGAACGAGCCUGUGGGGGAGUUAAGGGGUGGUACACAAAUGUUGAAUCUUCGAGAUGUUAUCAAACAUGGCAUACGAGGGGAGUCGCCCUCGGAUAUCGAAUCGAUUUCCGACUCGAUUGUGCCCCGGAAUAAAGAGAUUUGGCUUGGGUUUGCACGUGCGCACCUCGGAAAAUGUGGAUGUGGCUUUUCGAUGUAUCGACCCAAUUUGGCGGUUAUAACCCGGGAUAACGACGUCAAUGAGUACAAAAUCACACAACUAUCGUCCUACAUCACGUUGAACGUCGAUGUGCCCGGAUGGGAAGACCCCAAGAUACUUUGUGCUCCACGAGAUGCAAAUGCGUUGAUCCCCAAUGGGAUAGCCCAUUGGUCGAUUCUCAAGGUUGAGUGGGACCGGGACCGGAACUGGCGCGCGAACCCUGGUCGGAACUCGAUCAAGUCGAUUGACACUUUCGGUGUCCGUUGCCGAUGCUACGGUGGAGAUCAUCCAUAUACGGAACUUGUUGAAUGA